ACAUACGAAAUGGCCAGGAAUGGCUGAGAACAUUACACAAUUUAAAAGUAUUUAAGUAAUACAUGAAAAUAACCGUGAAAAACUAAUUAUUGGCUUCAUACUUCUGUUGUAAACCUAACCUCUCAGUAGUCGCAAUCAGCCGCUAAACGUGCCGUCAAAGAACUACAACGAUUCAGGAAUUGAUAAUUUAAACUUACAAAAUGUUUUACCAACAAUGCAUGGAUUUUUUCGGUUGUUAAACAAAGUCAGUGCGAAUUGUUUGCAGCCAAAAAUGGCAAUGGAGAAACGAUUGCCACUGACUUUUGAGGUUUUUGCUGAGUGCUCUUCUUCGAAAGCUAGGAUCGGAAGAAUCAUCCUUCCACAUCAUGAAGUAGACACACCAGUUUUCAUGCCUGUUGGCACACAGGGUACAUUGAAAGGUUUAUUGCCUCAACAAUUAGAGCAGCUAAAUUGUCAGAUCAUUCUUGGUAACACCUAUCAUCUUGGUAAUAGACCAGGUACUCAGAUUCUAAAACAAGCUGGGGGUUUGCACAAAUUUAUGAAUUGGAAUAGGGCACUACUGACCGAUUCUGGUGGUUUCCAAAUGGUGUCCUUGUUAAAACUCGCAGAAAUAACGGAAGAAGGAGUCAAAUUUAAAUCACCGUACAAUGAAUCAGAGUGUAUGUUAACACCAGAACAUUCCAUAGAAAUUCAAAAUACAAUAGGGGCAGACAUAAUUAUGCAACUGGAUGAUGUUGUUAAAACAACAACAACUGGACCAAGAGUAGAAGAGGCAAUGAAUAGAACAGUAAGGUGGGUUGAUCGAUGUCUUGAAGCCCACCAAAGAGGUGACGAACAGAGCAUAUUUCCUAUCGUUCAAGGUGGUCUUGAUCCAAAAUUAAGAUCAGAAUGUGCAAAACAACUAGCAGAAAGAAAAGUUAAUGGGUAUGCCAUUGGUGGAUUAAGUGGUGGAGAAAGUAAAAACGACUUCUGGAGAAUGGUACACCUGUCGACUGCUAAUUUACCAAAGGACAAACCUCGGUAUCUUAUGGGAGUUGGUUUUGCAGUUGAUCUUGUAGUAUGUAGCGCACUUGGCAUUGAUAUGUUCGAUUGUGUAUUUCCAACAAGGACUGCGAGAUUCGGUUGCGCUUUAAUACGAACUGGACAACUGAAUUUGAAACAAGGAAUAUACACCAAAGAUUUCAGGCCCAUUGAUGAAAAUUGUGAAUGCAUCACCUGUAAAACUCACACACGUGCUUACUUGCACCAAAUAGUGACAGAAGAGACUGUAGCUUGCCACCUCUUAACCAUACAUAACAUUGCUUUUCAAAUGAAACUGAUGAAUGAUAUAAGAAGUAGUAUAAGAGAAGAUAAGUUUCCUAAUUUUGUUCAGGAAUACAUGAUCACUGCAUAUCCUGAUAAAGAUUAUCCUAAAUGGAUAAUAGAUGCACUACAAGCAGUAAAUAUCAAUCUGCUAUAAGCCAUAAAAGUAAACCAUACAU